CACGGCCGACGCUGCCACCAACUAGCAUAGUGAGAGAAGGGCAUUUGAGUGAGCGAGAUCGAGCGAUGGGUGAGGUAGACACGAAGGGGGUGGUGCUGCUGGACUUCUGGGUGAGCCCGUUCGGGCAGCGGUGCCGGAUCGCGCUGGCGGAGAAGGGGGUGGAGUAUGAGUACAGGGAGGAGGAGAACCUCCUGGGGGACAAGAGCCCGCUCCUGCUCGAGUCCAACCCCGUGCACAAGAAGGUCCCCGUCCUCAUCCACGACGGCAAGCCCGUGUGCGAGUCCCUCAUAAUCGUCCAGUACAUCGACGAGUCGUGGCCCCACCGCGCACCGCUGCUGCCCGCCGACCCCUACGCCCGCGCCCAUGCCCGCUUCUGGGCGGACUUCAUCGACAAGAAGAUCUAUGAUUGCGGGACAAGGCUGUGGAAGCUCAAGGGUGAGGGACAUUCGGCGGCCAAGGAGGAGUUUACCGGGAUCCUGAAGCUGCUGGAGGGCGAGCUGGGAGACAAGAAGUACUUCGCCGGCGACGCCUUCGGCUUCGUCGACAUCGCGCUCGUCCCCUUCGUGUGCUGGUUCUACAGCUACGAGACCUACGCUGGCUUCAGCAUAGAGGAGUUAGCGCCCAAGCUGGUGGCGUGGGGCAAGCGGUGCAUGGAGCGGGAGAGCGUGGCCAAGACACUGUCCGACCCCCACAAGGUCUUCGAGUUCGUGGGCGUCCUCAAGAAGAGAUUCGGAGUCGAGUAGUCUUCAAUAGUACUAGUGAUUGUGUGUUGCAUCGUGUUUGCCUGCUUUGUUGCAGCUCCUUUGUGUGUCUGAUGGCAUUGUAGUUGCCAUCUCUGUUGUCUUCUUGAAUAAGAUCACUUUCUUGAUGGUGUUAUGUGGCA